CCUAAAAAUUAAAAAGAUAUAGACAUUUUAAAAACAGUACCUAUUUAUAGAUUUGUUAAUUAGAAUCAUAAGUGGAAACAAAUAAUACUGCAGUUGAAAGUGUAAAAAUAUGUUUGGUAUACGAAAUGCUUUUAAUAAAGUUUUAUCUCCAAGUUAUCUUCGACAACAAACAAGAAACACUUUCGUUUUGAAAAGAAGAUUACCACCACCAUUACAUAAAAAAGGAGGCAGACCAGAAAAACUUAAAGGAAGACAUUUUAUCUAUGAAUUAGUUGAAGAUACAGCAGUAAAAAAAAAGGAUGAUGUAAAAGUUAUUUUAAAUCAGUUUGUUGAUGGAGUUGGCAACGUUGGUGAUAUUCUAUCACUAAGACCAACAGUAGCAUAUCGGGACUUUUUGAUGCCAGGCCUUGCUGUCUAUGCAAAUGAAGCAAACAUUUCGAAAUAUAAAGCAGAUGAAAGUAAGCCAAUAGAUAAUGUAGAAUUCAGUUCGCCAUAUGCACAAAGAACUAUGGGCUGCUUAUCUCGGUUAGUUCUCCAAAUAACAAUGAGUAAAACACAACCAUGGACAUUAGAGCCUUGGCAUGUUCGUGCGUCAUUCAGGAAAGCUGGGUAUGUUGUGCCGGAGAGUGCUAUUAUCAUGCCAAAAGUUGCCAUCAAAGGACCUGAUCUAUCUUUACAAGAAAAAGAAUUCCUAGUAACAGUAAAGAUCAACAACAAAGAAGAGGUCAAUGUAAGAUGCAGAAUUCAUCAUUGGGCUACAGGUUUGGAGAGAUUACCCCAUCUUCCAUUCCAUUGGAAGAAAACAAUGGAACCUCUAAUACCUGAACAAGCUCCGAUUUUAGAGAAUAUGCCUUUAGCCAAGUAAUAGCUUUUGUUAGUAAGUCCCUCAUACAUAUUUACUAUAAAAUUUUUCAAUUACAUAAAACUAGUAUUUAAAUAAAAUACAUAACUAUA